CGACGCCAGGACUGCGCAGGCGCGCGGUCCGCGGAGUUUUCUGCGCUUCCUUCUCCCUCUCUCCAGACGUCGUGGUCGUUGGGUCCUAUGUCGCGCCGGGCCCUCAGGAGGCUGAGGGGGGAACAGCGCGGCCAGGAGCCCCUCGGGCCCGGUGCCCUGCAGUUCGACCUCCGUGACGACGAUGACGCGGAAGAGGAAGGGCCCAAGCGGGAGCUGGGUGGCCGGUGCCCCGGGGAGGCAGGGAAGGAGGGCGUCCGAGUCAACAACCGGUUCGAGCUGAUAAACAUUGAAGAUCUUGAGGAUGACCCUGUGGUGAACAGGGAGAGGUCUGGCUCUUCGCUCACAGACGCUGCAGCACCGGGGAACAAAGGAAGGGCUCAGCGUGGAAACACAGACACCAAGGCGGAUGGAGGCGUGGCCAGGACAGCGCCCCCAGAGCAGGUGGGGGGCCGAGUGUCUAAUGCAAGUGGCAAACUCCGGAAGAAGAAAAAGAAACAGAAAACUAAGAAAAGCAGCACGGGAGAAGCACUGGAAAACGGACUAGAAGAUAUUGAUCGCAUCCUGGAGAGGAUUGAGGACAGCAGUGGUUUGAACCGUCCCGGCCCAGCUCCCCUGAGCUCCAGGAAGCAUGUUCUCUACGUGGAGCACAGACACUUGAAUCCAGACACAGAACUGAAAAGGUAUUUUGGUGCUCGGGCAGUCCUGGGGGAACAAAGGCCACGGCAGAGACAGCGCGUAUACCCCAAGUGCACAUGGCUGACGACCCCUAAGAGCACCUGGCCCCGGUACAGCAAACCAGGUCUGUCCAUGCGGCUGCUGGAAUCGAAAAAAGGCCUGUCCUUGUUUGCGUUUGAGCACAGUGAGGAGUACCAGCAGGCGCAGCACAAGUUCCUGUUGGCGGUGGAGUCCAUGGAGCCCAACAACAUCGUGGUUCUGCUCCAGACGAGCCCCUAUCACGUGGACUCGCUCCUGCAGCUCAGCGAUGCCUGCCGCUUUCAAGAGGAUCAGGAGAUGGCUCGAGACCUCGUAGAGAGAGCGCUGUACAGUAUGGAGUGUGCGUUCCACCCCUUGUUCAGCCUCACCAGCGGGGCUUGCCGGCUGGAUUACCGCAGACCCGAGAACAGGAGCUUCUACCUGGCCCUCUACAAGCAGAUGAGCUUCCUGGAGAAGCGAGGCUGCCCACGCACGGCACUGGAGUACUGCAAGCUCAUCUUGAGUCUCGAGCCGGAUGAGGACCCCCUCUGCAUGCUGCUGCUCAUCGACCACCUGGCCUUGCGGGCCCGGAACUACGAGUACCUGAUCCGCCUCUUCCAGGAGUGGGAGGCUCAUCGGAACCUGUCGCAGCUCCCAAAUUUUGCCUUCUCUGUUCCACUGGCGUAUUUCCUGCUGAGCCAGCAGACAGACCUCCCUGAGCAUGAGCAGAGCUCUGCCAGGGAGAAGGCCUCGCUCCUGAUACAGCAGGCGCUCACCAUGUUCCCUGGAGUCCUCCUUCCCCUGCUCGAGUACUGCAGCAUGCGGCCCGAUGCCACCGUGUCCACUCAUCGCUUCUUUGGACCCAAUGCAGAGAUAAGCCAGCCCCCUGCCCUGAGCCAGCUGGUGAGCCUCUAUCUCGGGAGGUCACACUUUCUCUGGAAAGAGCCCGCCACCAUGAGCUGGCUGGAGGAGAACGUCCACAGGGUGCUGCAGGCAGUGGAUGCCGGAGACCCUGCGGUGGAAGCCUGUGAGCACAGGCGGAAGGUGCUCUACCAGCGCGCACCCAGGAAUAUCCACCGCCAUGUGAUCCUCUCUGAGAUCAAGGAAGCCGUUGCUGCCCUGCCCCCGGACGUGACCACGCAGUCUGUGAUGGGGUUUGACCCUCUGCCUCCUGCGGACACCAUCUACUCCUACGUCAGGCCCGAGAGAUUAAGUCCCAUCAGCCAUGGAAACACGAUCGCGCUCUUCUUUCGGUCACUGUUGCCAAAUUAUACCAUGGAGAUGCCUUGAGUCCACCCACACGGGGAUGUGGUGUUUGGAGCUCCAGCAGCCGUCCUGUGCUUGGGAGUCAAAGAAGAGCCGGUGUUCCAGGGACAGUGAGUGCAGCAGAGGUUGAGCCCAGGCCUGCUGUCCUGAGAGGUGGCUGGGUCACUGAUGCCUUGGCACUGCUGCUGGGGUUAUGUCGUGAGCUGCUGCUGAGCCUGUUUCUAAUGACCGUGAGAUCUGAAGACUACUCUCAAGGCUUGGCCUCUUCCAUGCUUGUGGGGGAUGGUGGAUCCUGCUUCCUCCCCGGCCCUGCAGAGCCCAGCGAGAGCCUGAGGCACAUGUGGCCUCCCCGGUGCCCAUCGCAGCAUUGGUUUCCAGCUGGGCCCUUUUCCACUGAGCCAGAUCUCCCCCAGAGUCUUCAACGCAGGCACCUCCCACACCCCAUCCCUGGGUUCAAAGGAAACUGGCGGCCCCUGAGCCAAGGGCUGAGGUGGGCUGUGGGCCCGGCUGUCCUUGGGAGCUGUACUGGAGCCCACCACGUUGGGACCCAGAGGCAGACUCACGGUGGCCCAAGAGCUCGGGACUGUUGGUCUGGCGGUGACCCCCACCUCCCUGUGCAUGGCUGCAGCUGGACAGACCACCCUGGGCUACAGAGCUGGUUUCCCUGCAGCCCUUGGGUGCACACUGAGGGCAUGCAUGCAUAUGUGUGUACAUAUUCGUGUGUGUGCACGCGUAUGUGUGUGGGUGCAGGUGUGUGUGUGCGUAUGUGUGUGGGUGUUGCAGACCUUGGGUGCCAGACAUGGAACAGACCCAGGAAGGCAUCUGUCUUCAUUGUCCUCAUGGGGCCCUAGUCCAGAAACGUCCUUGUGGAAAGUGCUCCAUGGGACCAUGCCUCUGCCCAUGGGAAGGUGCUGUCCACCGUGACCCUGGUGAGCAGACACGCCGGCCCCACAUGUCUUCCUGCUGCGCAACACGGGCACGAGGAGAUCCAAACAGAUAGGAUUAGCUGUAGGAUGAUCUGAUUCCAAAGUGUCUAAUCACAGAUAUUCCUGAUGCUAGUUGAUCUCCCCCAUGACCAUAACGAGUCAGAACGUUAAUUUUUUCCAGCUCAUCUUCCCACAGUGUCCCGACAGGCACAUCCAGUGAGAACCACAGUGGGAGUCCUGUGGCAGGGUCACCCACUUCCGAUGCCC